UUCUCUUCCCUCAUUUCUCUGCAGGACUUUGGAGGACUAGUAGGAUGCUGAGUAUCUUUCCUCCUCAUUACUGUUCUCCAGCGUGCUCUCCAUGACCUGAGAGCGCCACCACAGCGGGAGGAACGAAAAACCAGGAAAAGAGAGGCAGAGGAGGGCAGAAGGCCAGGGACGGAAGGAAAGAACACACUUUUUGAUUUUGUUGCCAGCAGACUUUUCCUUUUCCGAAAUGGCGGCGACAGAGGCUAGCGCGGCGCCGGUGGUCCAGGAAGACGGGAAAAUCCCAGAGAGCAACCAGCAAGCAGCUGAGGCCGAGCAGCAGGCUGAGGAUGCCAACAACGCAAAGCCAGAGAUUGUCAACAGCGAAGUCGUCGAUAAAGAUGGCGCCGCUGUUACCAGCGAAGUUGUCGAUAACAAAGAGACAGUGAAUAACGACACAGCGGCGGUGACGGGAGCCGAGGAGGGAGAGGCAGCAGCCGGCGGGGAGGAAGCUUCUCCUCCGAGUUUGGAAAACGCCUCCUCUACUGAGCCCAAGACCUCGUUCUUGGGCUCCUUCCUCAACAAGAGCGGCCUGGGAAAGGUGAUGGGAGGAAGGAAGAAGAAAGACCAAAGCACAGCUGCUGGAGGAGGAGGAGAGGAGAAUGCAACCGAAGCAGGGGAGAAAGAGGGGGAGAAAGGAGGUGAGGAGGGUGCAGCAGCUGAGGGCGGAGCAGAGGGAGGGGCAGAAGGAGAUGCAGCGAUAGAGAAAGCUCCAGAAAACGGAGAGAAGGAGGAAGAGAAGAAAGCAGAGAAGGGCAAACCGACGGAGGCCAAGUCCACAGUUCGAGACUUAAUCCGGAAGCCGGUGGCGAGAAUUUUCUCCCACCGCAGCACUGAGAAGAAGGACGGCGCAGAACCCCAGAAACAAGUCAAGGUGCGAUCCAAGUCCCUGGACCGGCUGGAAGAUCCGGAGGCACUCAACGCCACUGCAGACUCCGCCGUUGAGGAGGGAGCAGCAGCGGGAGGAGCAGAGGGAGGAGCAGAGGGAGGUGCAGAAGGAGGCGCAGAGGGAGAGCAGAAAGCAUCGUCCUCCUCGGCAGCCACCAAGCACAUGAAACGCUGGCACUCCUUCAAGAAGCUCAUGGCUCAGAAGGCCCACAAGAAGAGCGGAGGAGGCGUGGAGGAUGUUAAGGAGGAGGCAGCUGAAGGAGGAGAGGGAGGCGGAGACUCCUCCACGCUGGACUCCAAGGAGUCGGGACAAAAGAGGUGGAAGCUGAAACGCUCCUGGACUUUCCAGGGCCUGAAGAGGGACACGUCCAUGGUCGGCAUCAGCGGCAAGGCCAAGGGUUCCGACAAAGACUCUGCGGACAACGCAAAGCCAGAAGAGGCGGCGGAAGGAGAAGAAGGAGGAGAGGAGGCUAAUGCAGAGGGAGGAGCAGAGGAGGUUAAGACAGAGGAAGGGGAGGAAAAGGCAGAGGGAGGAGAGGAGGAAAAGGCAACAGCGGCGGGAGGUGUGACGGUGACGCAACACGCCAACGAGAUCUGGACCUCCUUCAAGAAGCGCGUCAUCCCCAAGUCCAAACGCGCCAACACUGAGUGCGCCCCCUCUGGGGAGGAGGAGGCGACUACAGCUGCCGCCACAGCAGGUGAGGACGGAGCAGCAGAAGAAGGCAAGUCAGCCAAGGCCAAGCGCUCACAUUUUGGCCGCGCUGUUUCCCUGAAGAACUUCAUCCUGCGAAAGGGCAAGUCCACAAGUGUGGACAUGGGUGAGGGCGCCAAGGAGGACGAGGAGGGGGAGGCCGCGGAGGGAGGAGAGGGAGAUGAGGCGGCGGAGAAAGGAGCUGCUGAUGGUGAAGCUGACCCAGUGGCCCAGGAGACCACUGACAACGAUGCAGGGGAGCAGAAGACGCCGGCGGCGGAGACCGACGGGGAAGCGCCAAAGGAGGUGGAGAAGCUGCCAGCUGAAGCCCCGGUGACCAACGGCGACAACGGCUGCUCCAACGGCACAGGGGAAGAAAACGCCGAACACAAUCACCAGGAGGACGAGAAGAAGACGGCGGACAGCCCUGUGAAGAAGAGCAAAGAGGCAGCGAAAGAGGAGACCAACGCCAAGAUCAUCAAUGCCACAGCCGUGAACAGCGACAAAAAGGCGGGAAACGUGUGAGGCCACACAAAGAGGAUUAGAACUGCCCGGGAUUCGCUGAGCAAGGAGCUCUGAGCCCCCCGCCCCCCGCCCCCUCAACUCCUUCUCCUUCCUUCCCCUCCUCCUCCUCGCUCCCUUCAUCCCUCCUUCUUCCUACCAAAUAAACGGAGUAAUCACGUGUCACCAGACCACCAUGGUGAGAAAGAGAGAAAGAGAGAGAUUGAGAGAAUGAGAAAGAUGCAAUUUAUGUAGAUGACGAGUGAAAAUAAUAAUGACUCAGAGAGCAAUAAUUCAAGCCCUUCUUUUCAUCCCUCCAUUCAUCGUUUCAUCCAUCCCGUCCAUCCGAUACAUGCAAACCUACAUACAUACAAACAAACAUGUACAUUCAGUGUUUUUAUUCUUUUCUUUGCUUUUUGUGAGAUUUUAUAUUGUCUACGAGAGAAAAGAAAAAAGCAGAAAUGUAAAAAAAGAAAAAGAAAUCGAGCCCCCCCCACUGCCCUAUUUUCCGACUCUGCAAGCUACUUAACUCUGCUCUCUGUCUCUACCAAAUCCUGAUUGGUGGAUUUAAAGAACAAAAAAAGGAAAAAAAGAAGACUAGUUUUGUAUUGACGGCCAUUUUGGUUUGUAGUCCCCCUCCGAACCCCUCUCCCCCCCCCCCCCCCCCCCCCCCAUAUGCCCCACUAGAUAUUUGACAGUACAGCAGGACCAUGUUGCUACAGUAUAUAAACUGCCCUGAGGACUGCCACUUCCCAACCAACACUGAAAUGUCUUCAGCUCUGUGUGUUCAAUGUUUUUAGACUGUUAAAAAUUGUGUAAAUGAAUUAAAAAAGACAAAAAAUACACCAUCAAAUAUUCAAGUCAAAAUGUUUUUUUCCUGUUUUGUUUGAAUUCUCUUUAUUCUCUUUUUUAUUUUUUAAAAACACUCACUGUUUUCGAAGUCUGGCAAUAUGCUGUAAUUAAAAAAGAUAAUAAUAAUGAUGAUGUUUUGUUGAUUAAAGUUUUCACAUGUCCGCUAGCAAAUUGUCAAGAAAAAAAAUAGUACAAUAAAGAUUAAAAUCUAACAACUAAAUUGCAA